AAGGUGACGCGCUCCGACCGCUUUAGUACAAAAAAGCUAAAGAAAGGCGAUUGUAAGAGUCAAUGACAGCAGUCGGUGAUCCCGUAUUAACGCGCAUUAAACCCCGGCGAUAUGCUUUUCUGCAAAAGUAAAGGAAUCAUCCAGCUUUAGGGGAGUCCGGAGCCGACAGACUGGACCGGACCGGACCGGAGCAGAGCGCGGUGUGGGUGUUAUUAUCGCUUAUGAUCGCCGGCAGGUAACGUUGACCAAUAGACAGCGCCGCAGAGAGGCGCACAGGCACAGUCAUACACUGACAGGCACUGACACACUCCCAAAGAGGCGGACCCCGAGCGCACCUCCUUCACCGAGACGCCGAGCUCAUCUGCCGGGUUUCAGCUGCCUUUCGACGGGGAUCCGAAGGCGGGGGAGGUGGCAUCCUCCGCUUGGAUGGGAAUCAUAGAUCUGCUCGUCAUUCAUCCUAGAAUUGGCUUUUUAAUUAUUGUUAUAAAAAGCUAUACAUGCAUAUGAAUUUAGUGCUGUAAUUAAGGGCUGCAGCAUGGAAAACGCGCACACUAAGACGGCAUGUGAAGUUCUGAGCAACUUCGGGGUGAACGAGAACACGGGGCUGACGGCGGAGCAGGUCCGGGCCAGCUUGGAGAGAUACGGGCCAAAUGAGCUCCCAGCUGAGGAAGGCAAGUCCCUGUGGGAGCUGGUGGUGGAGCAGUUUGAUGACCUCCUGGUGCGGAUCCUGCUGCUGGCGGCCUGCGUCUCCUUCGUCCUGGCCCUGUUCGAGGAGGGGGAGGAGACCACUACCGCCUUCGUGGAACCCAUCGUCAUCCUGCUGAUCCUCAUCGCCAAUGCAGUCAUCGGCGUCUGGCAGGAGCGGAACGCGGAGAAUGCCAUCGAGGCCCUGAAGGAGUAUGAGCCAGAGAUGGGGAAAGUGUACCGCAUGAACCGCAAGGCUGUGCAGAGGAUCAAAGCGCGGGACAUUGUCCCUGGGGACAUUGUGGAGGUGGCUGUUGGUGACAAGGUUCCAGCAGACAUCCGGAUUACCUCCAUAAGGUCCACGACUCUCCGUGUUGACCAGUCCAUUCUCACAGGUGAGUCAGUGUCUGUCAUCAAGCACACAGACCCGGUUCCUGAUCCGAGGGCUGUCAAUCAAGACAAGAAAAACAUGCUGUUUUCGGGCACCAACAUUGCGGCGGGUCGAGCCAUCGGCGUGGUGGUGGCGACCGGCGUCUCCACAGAGAUCGGCAAGAUCCGCAACCAGAUGGCGGCCACGGAGCAGGAGAAGACGCCGCUGCAGCAGAAACUGGACGAGUUCGGCAAGCAGCUCUCCAAGGUCAUUUCGCUGAUCUGCGUCGCCGUGUGGGUCAUCAACAUCGGACACUUUGGCGACCCGGUCCACGGUGGUUCCUGGGUGCGUGGCGCCAUCUACUACUUCAAGAUCGCGGUGGCGCUGGCCGUGGCAGCCAUCCCAGAGGGCUUGCCCGCCGUCAUCACCACCUGCCUGGCGCUGGGUACACGCCGCAUGGCCAAGAAGAAUGCCAUCGUGCGCAGCCUGCCCUCCGUCGAGACACUGGGCUGCACCUCCGUCAUCUGCUCCGACAAGACGGGCACCCUCACCACCAAUCAGAUGUCUGUGUGCCGGAUGUUCGUGAUGGACCGGGUGGACGGUGCUGACUGCUCCCUUCUGGAGUUCUCCAUCACUGGCUCGACGUAUGCCCCUGAAGGACAAGUGCUGAAGGGGGACCGUCCCGUACAGAGUGGAGACUACGACGGCCUGGUGGAGCUGGCCACCAUUUGCGCCAUGUGCAACGACUCUUCUUUAGAUUACAAUGAGACCAAGGGUGUCUACGAGAAGGUGGGAGAGGCAACGGAGACGGCCCUGACCACCCUGGUGGAGAAGAUGAACGUCUUCAAGACUGACGUCUCUGGGCUGACCAAGGUGGAGCGGGCAGGCGUGUGCAAUUCGGUAAUUAAGCAGGUGAUCAAGAAAGAAUUCACGCUGGAGUUUUCCCGCGAUCGCAAGUCCAUGUCGGUAUACUGCACCCCCGCCAAGCCCGGCUCCCUCAGCAAGAUGUUUGUCAAGGGCGCCCCCGAGAGUGUGAUGGAGCGCUGUCAGUUUGUGCGGAUGGGCACCGGCAAAGUGCCCAUGACUCCAAGCCUACGGGACCAGCUGAUGGCACAGACCAAGGAGUGGGGGACAGGCCGAGACACGCUGCGCUGCCUGGCACUGGCCACGCGAGACUCGCCACCCCCCAAGGGGGACAUGGACCUGGAGAACUCCAGCAAGUUCGCCGAGUAUGAGACCCAACUGACAUUCGUGGGCUGUGUGGGCAUGCUGGACCCCCCCAGGAAAGAGGUGAUCGGCUCCGUGCAGCUGUGCCGCGAGGCGGGCAUCCGCGUCAUCAUGAUCACGGGCGACAAUAAGGGCACCGCCGUGGCCAUCUGCCGGCGCAUCGGCAUCUUCGGCGAGGACGAGGACGUCGAGGGCAAGGCGUACACGGGCCGCGAGUUCGAUGACCUCAGUCCUGAGGUCCAGCGAGAGGCCGUCAAGCAGGCCCGCUGCUUCGCCCGUGUGGAGCCCGCCCACAAGUCCAAGAUUGUAGCGUACCUGCAGUCCUUCAACGAGAUCACAGCCAUGACAGGUGAUGGGGUGAAUGAUGCCCCCGCCCUGAAGAAGGCAGAGAUCGGCAUCGCUAUGGGCUCGGGCACCGCCGUGGCCAAGUCAGCCUCUGAGAUGGUGCUCUCUGAUGACAACUUCUCCACCAUCGUGUCGGCCGUGGAGGAGGGCAGAGCCAUCUACAACAACAUGAAGCAGUUCAUCCGCUACCUCAUCUCCUCCAAUGUGGGCGAGGUGGUCUGCAUCUUCCUGACUGCCAUCCUCGGCCUACCUGAGGCCCUCAUCCCCGUGCAGCUGCUGUGGGUGAACCUGGUGACGGACGGCCUUCCGGCCACCGCCCUGGGCUUCAACCCCCCCGACCUGGACAUCAUGGACAAGCCCCCCCGCAACUCCAAGGAGCCCCUUAUAUCUGGAUGGCUCUUCUUUAGAUACCUAGCUAUCGGAGGGUACGUGGGCCUGGGGACUGUGGGUGCCGCUACGUGGUGGUACCUGUUUGACGAGGAGGGACCUCAAGUGACCUUCUAUCAGCUGAGGCACUUUAUGCAGUGCACCGACCAGAACCCCAUGUUCUCUGGCAUCGACUGCGAAGUCUUCGAAUCCCGCUACCCCACCACCAUGGCUCUCUCUGUGCUGGUUACCAUAGAGAUGUUCAACGCACUAAACAGCCUGUCGGAGAAUCAGUCCCUGCUGAGGAUGCCUCCCUGGGUGAACAUUUGGCUGCUGGGAGCCAUCAUCCUGUCACUGUCACUGCACUUCCUUAUUCUCUAUGUGGAGCCGCUGCCGCUGAUAUUCCAGGUGACCCCUCUGUGUCACUCUCAGUGGAUUGUGGUCUUGAAGAUCUCCUUUCCUGUUAUCCUUCUUGAUGAGGCCCUCAAGUACAUCUCUCGCAACCACCUCGAAGCCUAACCCUCCUCCUCUUGCCUGCCACAUUAAGGAGAAGAGGAGAGGAAGUACAGGAACAACCGGCAGCUCAAAUUCUAAAAUUCCAUUCACCCCUCUCCAGAAAGACCAUAAUCCCCUACCCACCCCCCACCCCCUGCCCCCGCUAAAAGCUUCACAUGUUCAGCCACCACUAGACAACUGAAUAGGGCUUGUGUGUCUGUCUGUCUGUGUGCAUCUGUGUCUUUCUGUGGCUGUGAGUGUGUGUGUGUGUGUUUGUCUGUGUGUGUGUGACUGUGUGUGUCUCCCACUGUCUGUGUGUGUGACUGUGUGUGUCUCUCACUGUCUGUGU